CCGGCCGGGCUGGGCGCGGCGCCGCUCGGGUCCCCGCGGCGGAGCCAGGUGCGCGCGGACGCCCGCCCUCCCCGGGGGCUCUCGCCGGGCCCGACUCCCGGGACCAGCUCUGAAAGUCCCUCCAGUCUCCGUGCCGCGGCUCACCGGAGCACAGACGCUUCCUGUCCUAAGAAGCUUUUCUGCAGGGCCCAGUCUGCCAGCGCCUCUGACGCAGGGCAGCCAUGCCGCGUAGCCCGACGUCCAGCGAGGACGAGAUGGCCCAGAGCUUCUCCGACUACUCCGUGGGGUCGGAGUCGGACAGCUCCAAAGAAGAAACCAUCUAUGACACCAUCCGGGCCACGGCGGAGAAGCCCAGCGCCCCCAGGAUGGAGGAGAGCCAGGGCCACGCAGUGGUGAUCCGCAUCCUCAUCCAGGACCUGCAGCAGACGAAGUGCCUUCGGUUUGACCCGGACGCGACCGUGUGGGUCGCAAAGCAGCGGAUUCUGUGCUCCUUGAACCAGAGCCUGAAGGACGUCCUGAACUACGGGCUGUUCCAGCCUGCCAGCAACGGGCGCGACGGGAAGUUCCUGGACGAGGAGCGGCUUCUGCGCGAGUACCCGCAGCCCGCGGGCAAGGGCAUCCCCUCCCUGGAGUUUCGAUACAAGAAGCGGGUGUAUAAGCAAUCCAGCCUGGACGAGAAACAGUUGGCCAAGCUGCACACAAAGACCAAUCUGAAAAAGUUCAUGGACCACAUUCAGCACCGCUCGGUGGAAAAGAUCACCAAGAUGCUGGAACGCGGCUUGGAUCCGAAUUUCCAUGACCCGGACACCGGAGAGACCCCGCUGACCUUAGCCGCUCAGCUGGACGACCCCGCGGAGGUGAUCAAGGCUCUCAGAAACGGCGGGGCUCACCUGGACUUCCGCGCCAGAGACGGGAUGACGGCCCUGCACAAAGCCGCCCGAGCCAGGAACCAAGUGGCCCUGAAGACCCUUUUGGAGCUUGGAGCGUCCCCGGAUUACAAAGACAGCUAUGGCCUCACACCCCUUUACCACACCGCGAUCGUGGGGGGCGAUCCCUACUGCUGCGAGCUCCUGCUCCACGAACACGCGGCCGUGUGCUGCCGGGACGAGAACGGCUGGCACGAGAUCCACCAGGCCUGCAGGUACGGCCACGUGCAGCACCUGGAACACCUGCUCUUCUACGGGGCGGACAUGGCGGCCCAGAACGCCUCCGGGAACACGGCCCUGCACAUCUGUGCCCUCUACAACCAGGACAGCUGUGCCAGAGUGCUGCUGUUCCGAGGCGGGAACAAGGAACUCAAGAACUACAACAGCCAGACCCCGUUUCAGGUGGCGAUCAUAGCGGGCAACUUUGAGCUGGCGGAGUACAUCAAGAACCACAAGGAGACGGACAUCGUGCCCUUCCGAGAGGCCCCGGCGUACUCCAACCGGAGGCGGCGCCCCCCCAACACGCUGGCCGCCCCCCGGGUCCUGCUACGCUCCAACAGUGACAACAACCUCAACACCAGCGCGCCCGACUGGGCUGUCUGUUCCGCCACCUCCCACCGCAGUCUCUCGCCCCAGCUGCUGCAGCAGACGCCCGGCAAGCCCGAGGGGGCCGCCAGGACUCUGGGGGGCUACACCCCCGGACCCUACAGCCGGUCACCGUCGCUCAACAGGCUGGGCGGUGCCCUCGAAGAUGGCAAGAGGCUCCAGCGGCCCUGGCACGUCGGGCCGGCUUUCCCGCCUGGAGCCAACAGGGACACGCUGUCUGCCUUCGAGUACCCAGAGCCCAAGCGGAAGCUCUACAGUGCGGUGCCGGGGAGGCUCUUCGUCGUCGUCAAGCCAUACCACCCCCAGGUCGACGGCGAGAUCCCCCUUCACCGCGGCGACAGGGUUAAAGUGCUGAGCAUCGGCGAGGGAGGCUUCUGGGAAGGCAGCGCCCGCGGCCACAUCGGAUGGUUCCCUGCCGAGUGCGUAGAGGAGGUGCAGUGCCGGCCCAAGGACAGCCAGGCAGAAACUCGAGCAGACCGCAGCAAGAAACUCUUCAGGCACUACACAGUCGGUUCAUAUGACAGCUUCGAUGCUUCCAGUGACUGCAUUAUCGAGGAGAAGACAGUGGUCCUGCAGAAAAAAGACAAUGAGGGCUUUGGAUUUGUGCUGCGAGGGGCGAAAGCGGAUACGCCCAUCGAGGAAUUCACACCAACGCCAGCGUUCCCAGCCCUGCAGUACCUGGAAUCUGUGGAUGAAGGAGGGGUGGCGUGGCAAGCCGGACUGAGGACGGGGGACUUCCUGAUUGAGGUAGGGACACCGGUGUUUGCAUCUUUCCGCUUGGGGAGAGCGCCGACUCUCUUACGGCCGGGGCCCGUGGUCUCAGCAGCACGGCCGUUGGGCCAGACCUAGGGGUACUCGUGGAGGCUGCUCCGGACUCGUGUCGUGUGGUUAUCUCCAUCCAUUGUGGAUGCCACUUCCUGUGGGCUGGUGUGUGUUCGGAGCGUCUUUCAGGCCUCGGCUGUAGCUCUUCGGAAGGUAGAAACGUUUGUGGGCGUUGGCCACCGGUCUUCAGGUGGAAGGUAGAAGGAAGAGAGACACGUGGCUGCCAUGAUGUCGGGGACACGCGCGGAUCUACGUGUGGUUCUGUUAUCGCUGAACAGAGAAACGCCAGGAGGGGCCGUCGCCCAUUCUCGUGCCACAAGGGCAGGAAGGAAAGUGCUGUGCCGCGGCCCUUGCUUACGUGAGGUCUGUAACGCUGGUGGCUGAGAGAUCACUGACUCGAACGUCGCAGUAACGCUGCCUGUCCGAUGACUGGCCUUCAAAGACUAAGUGUGAGCGAGAGGGGAAGCUGGCGUUGCCAGUAUGAAAAGGAAAAUUUUAAAUCCAGGUGCUUUGAGAACGGGCUUUUCCCGGUAGGUAUGAGAGGAGGGCACCUGUUGGGAUGAGCGCUGGGUGUUGUAUGGAAACCAGUUUGACGAGAAAUUAUAUUUAAUUUUAAAGAAAGGAGGGAACUCUCUUCGUUCGAAGAAUCCCACUAGACACGAGCGCCCUCGUUUUCCAAGCCCUUGCUGGAGUUGGCGCCUCGGUGUGCGUCACGUGUCUGGGCCACCAGCGCUUCCGAGCUCCCUGCGUUUUGCGGGUUCAGGUGU